CACAUACCCGGCAUUCAAGCCGUAUGAUAUUUGACUCUUCAACUCGACGAUAUCCUUGUGGGGAAACCCUUAACUGAGAUUUGCGUGAAUGUGGCUAUACCGGGGGUUGAACAAAAAGACAACGUCCCCCCCGCGGAAACCUCUUAGCCCCUUGUGUCUACUCGGGACCCUUGCUGAUCAUGGAUAGUUAUCCUGGCCAUUGGAGUUUCUUCACCGGCUACCAUCGACUGAUCGACUAGCACCCCCAAGGGAAUGAGUACAUGUGAGGCUACUGACGCUUCUACUUACUCCUCGUCCCACGGACCUUUCACUGGUCCCUAAACACUCGUCGCUUCCCCGGGAAUGCAACCACAAUUUCUCUCUUCGUUUCUCUGGUAGCUUCCUCCAGAUCCGACCCGUGGUGAACAUUGUCACAGUUCCGGGCAUAUCGAGAUAUGGGGGUAUAAUCGGUCUCACCCACCCCCGGUCGAGCGGUCCAGCUAUCUUCACCGUCACCCAGUUCACUCCCCUUAGACUUUCUCGACGAGCAACGUACUGGCGAUUGUCUUUAGUUGGAUGUGUGUCCAUGUCACCACGGCACCGAGCUACUUACCUCAUCUGAUUCCCAUAUCAAACAAGGGCAAGACGUAUACCUCCUGAUCCAUGUUCCCUUUUGCUUACCCACACGCAGCCGGUACUUAGAGCUACAGGGAUACCUUCAACUUCUUAUUCCGCCAACGAUUACUUGGUGGGAACUCACCCGCAUACCCGCCCUCCUACCAGUGGUUCAUCGGACGAUCACACUUCUAACCAAACAUCGACACCCCUCAAGCUAGUAGCACCUUCCUUGAAUACCAUGCCAUUGGGAGGACCCUGACAGCCGCUACAUUUCUACCGACAGUCAUCCACAUCGACUUCUCAUGCACGGCCCCUCUGCUUUUCUACCUGCUGGGAGGAAAGUCUUGCCACUGGCAAGCUACCUAACUAUUUUGUAGCCAGCUAUGCUUGAGAAUAUUCUUCCUAGCUGAGCAGAUCUACUUUCAACCAAGGAUACACUCCCUAACCCUAUGAGGACGCCGGUCACCUACCAUACACGCCCUGCGAGGUUUUCCGGAUCCCUUCACAAUACCCUAAUGUGGACCCCCGAUUUACGCGGAUCACGCAGCUUCUAAUCUCCUGGGCCUUACGACAAGGCGGCCCCGUGGCAUUGCCAGAUACAUCAUAUCAACCAACAAUACAUCGAGUCACUCUUCUAAUUCGGCUAUCCUGCACAUCAAAUUAUCUUCCUUCACCCUACCCUGACUAGAUGGAAAUCUCUCAAGCUCUGAUUUAUCCCGUAUCAACAAUCUCCUGACGAAACCUUCCACCCACGAUCAACCAGCUACAGCUCGCACAUCUAUACAAGUCUGUCUUACCUGUCUGCCAUAUGCGGUGUAAGCCAGAGUAUUUUAUCGGAGGCGAGUCUUGAGCACGACAAGUUCAAUGUGGUCCGAAAACAGUCCCAUGAACUAGACACGGAACCUGGGAUUUGGAUAGAUUCCUCGUGUACGAACGGACAUCGAAAAGCAAUUAUAGCACUCUCAGCAAAAAGCUUCCGCGUUACCAUCAUGAGCGACUAUUACCACCACUUCCUCACCUCGAUGGCAGGUGUCGGGGGGGACCCUACUCUAAGCCAACAUGACGCUUCGAUACCCGUGCAACAAGCCCCAGUAUUAAGCUUGGGGACGACGCCGAUGUCUCCCGCUUACCAAAACCUCGGCGGGUUUUUCAACGGAUAUGCGGAGCCUAUCAUGUUCAGUGCACCCAAGGCUCAAAGAAGCCGUCGCAAGUCUGCGCCUGGAUUGGAUCACAUCAAACAUCGACGCACGAGGUCAGGCUGCUAUACUUGCAGGAGCAGGCGAGUCAAGUGUGAUGAAACCCACCCAGUCUGCGAGAGAUGCAGAAAGGGAAACCGAGAGUGUGUCUAUCCGGAACCAACACCACCCAAGGGAUCCGUGAAAGAUUCACCGGGUCAGAGCCAGCAGGAGAGCCCUACAUCUUCUCGGGGGGAUGACGAUGACGACGAGACUGGACACGAUGGAACAUUGACGCCGAUAAUGGAUGAGGAUGAAGAAGAAGAAGAAGAAGCCGAAAGCGCCACAAUGCAAUCCUCAACACCGACCAUUCCUCCAACUCCUUUAAGCGCACCGGCAACAUCACUCAGUUUCAACCAUGGAUCCAUAAACGAUAGGCAGGGACUAGAGGAGGACGUACAGUUCUAUCUCAACUACUACCGUGACAAUAUCACGCACUAUCACUACUCCGUGGUGAAUGACCACGAUAACUUUUUCAAGGAGAUGUUGACUGAAUUGGCAAUUCAGGACGAGGGCCUUCUCUAUGCCGUGGUCGGGUUUGCAGCCUACCAUUAUACUCUACAGAAUCCGAUUGGAGAGAUCAAGGACUUCUUGCAUUUUUAUAACCGCAGCGUUACUCUACUGCUGGGAUUCUUGAAAAGAAAAGAACGCCAUACGGAGAUGACUCUAUUGACCAUCCUACAACUUGCCACCAUUGAGGAGUACCUCGGCGACUGGGUCAACCUCAUGGGCCAUCAGAAGGCUGCCCUAGAAGUACUGACCGAAUUGUACACGCCACAAACGGUCAUGCAGACUGUUGUAGGGCGCAUGAUUCUGACGUGGUAUACACGGUUCGACGUGUUUACUGGCAUAAUGGCCAGCUCCGAAACUAUGCUUCCUCGGGAAUGGUUCACAGCUUUUGUCGAUUACUACGAGGCUCGAGCGGCAGAAAACCCCAACGAACUAUCCUACAAAACCGAGGUGUGUUCAGGGCGACUACGCAUGAUUUCAAUGGAGAUGUCACUCUUGUUCGGGAGAAACGCCAGGCAACAAAUGUCCGAAGAAGAGUAUACCGCCGAGCACCGUCGAUUAUACAACGCCCUCCACGAGUGGAAAAACAGCUGGGAUCCUGCCUUGGUGAAUCCAGAGUUCCUCGUAACUGAUGUAUCGAUGAACGGAGCCUCAGACACGGAUCGAAUCUUUCAGCCACUCACACCAGGCUUGCUUUUCCGGCCUCCCCUUUUUGCCUCGACGAUCUUGACUUGCGAAUGGAAUUCGAUUACCCUGAUGCACGGAAGCCAGGGCACGUCAGACCCCUCGAACGAGACUCUGGAGAAGUUGAGGGAACACGCAUAUGUGAUAUGCCAGAUAUGCGAGGUAGUCGAGACCUGGCCCCUUAGUCCUGCGGGGAGCCUAAUAAUCUUGCAACCAUGUCUCGGUAUCGCUGCGUUAUUUGUUCCCCAGGAGGAGGCCUACCAGCUCUGGAUCAGGAAGAAAUUCGCAUUGCUCGAAAGAAUGGGGUACAUAUCACCCGGAACAAUGCGCCUAAGAAUGGCAGAGCUCUUCCGUGACGGGAGCUGUCUCCGUUGGUGGUUACCGAACGACGAAGGAUUCACGCCCAUGCUACAAAGCAUCCGGGCCUUUGCAGACGAGCGAAACGCGAUGGCUGUGUCGACACAGAGCGAGAAUUUGCGACAGAUACGUUCCGUUUUCUCCAGGAUGAAUAUUCGACGAACAGCCAUGGACCAGGGCGAGGGCCAGUUGAGUAAUGGGGUCAAUACUAUGCUUUUGGAAUAAGAAGAGUGUAGAUCGACAGGACAGGACAGGACAGGACAGUACCGGACAGGAGAAUCGUUUGCAUAUUGAAUUCCGUGUCCCAUCGGCCGAGCUAUAUGAACCUAAUAAGGCUGCGACCGCUGUUACGUCCCAAACUGGACGAUUGUCAUCUCGUCUCUGCGGCUUAUACACUAAUUAGUAGCCCUUGCGAAUCAGGGCGUCAAUCGGUUCAGACACAGCGACAAGAAGACAGUGAAGGGAGAAACAAUACAACCCAGCAACUUUUUGGGUCAAACCUUUGCCUCUAAAAGUGUGAUCCGUCUUCACUCUCGGUACUGUUUUUCCCGAUGGACCAGCACGCAGGGUAAUAAUGAUAUAUCCUUCGCGUAAUCAGACAAAAACGGCCGUUGACGACAAACAGGAAGAUUGGAUGCGGCUCAAGUGUCCCAUGCCGUGAGACAGAGACAAUCUCUCUGUAAAACCACUGGACUGUUAGUGCAAAGCUGGAAGGAAAGUUCCGUCUUCCUGUAGCUUUGAGGGGCGGAAUACGGGAUCUCGAACGAACGGCUCAUCAGUUAUCAGUUACCAGUUACCAGUUAACCAUUCGGCCCAGUUCCAUGCGUGCCACGGCUCUGCAAAGUUUUGGUACGACCUACAUGCUACCUCUACCCAGUCUCAACCGCUACGAGAGUUACGAGGAGGUAAACCAUGGAUCACCACUCUGGUUUCGGCAACAACUCAGCAACGGCUAUAACAGCUUCGAAACACCACCGGCUACCGAAAAACUCCCGAUUGGUCACCUCUUCUCUCACCCACCCCCCCCCCCCCCCCCCUAGG